GAGUGUUAUCAGCAUCAUCAUCAACAGCGUCCAUGCCAAUGUGCCGCAUAUGCCAUCAUCCACAAGGAGAAGGAUUAGAUUUGCUCAUUUCUCCAUGUAGAUGUGCAGGAACCAUGCAGUUUAUCCACCAAGGCUGCCUUAAUAAAUGGUUAGAAGUGAAACGAUCCAAAAAAGCUCCAGCUUGUGAAUUGUGCAAUUAUCAGUUUCACCGACACAAAAAAUUUCGACUAAAUCAUUGGCAGCUUCCCACCUGUUCGCGAGCUGACAAGAUUCUACAUUCUAUCUUCUUAGUGUGUCUCAUUAUUAUGGCUGCUUGUGCUACAAUCACAAUCAUCUGUUUUAAACAUGAUCGAAUCCUCCCAAAGAAGACAGAUGACGCAGAACUAACGAAGUCUGAAGUCAUCACAUUAACGUGUGGCGUGCUUUUCUUUGUUGCCUUUUUUGUUGCCAUGUAUGUUGAAGUGAAAGCAAGAAAUACACUGUAUAGGCUAUUUACACGUUUCAUAUAUCUAAACCAAACGUGGCACAUAGCGGAAUAUGAUAGACGAAAAGAUUCGCAGUUUGGUCAUGCUCCAGUUUAACCCAACAGUGUGUGAGUUGUUAAAUAUUUUUGAUGGACUUGUUACAUGACAUUUUAGUGUUUUGUAGGUGAACAAAAGAAACCGGUUCUUUGGUUAUUUCUAUGAUGUAUUGAUGCUUUUUUACACAUAAUCUGUAUUGUGCGUUUCAUACUAUUUGUAAUUAAAAAAUAAUACCAUUGA